UCCCGUAAACUCAGUUCUAAUGUUGAUCCUGGCGAUAUCCCAGAAGUGUGUUCAAUUUUGUUACGCCGUUCUAAAUUAAUAAUCGCCCGAUAGCUUGGAAAUCUGACCAACCCGCAUUGGCAAUCAGCAAAAACCUUGAACUGGACGGAUAUGAAAGCUCGGGGUGUAUCUGCUGUUGUGGCGUCUUGGGUUCAUACUUCAGACGAUAAUGCUGCUUUGCAGUUCCUACCGAAUGACGGUUCCGAGGACCAGUACGUACCAAACGAGGUUCCUGCUCUAUACGUCGGAAACUCCACAGGAGAGACGAUACGCCAACUACUCACGGAUGCCGAAGUGGACACGGCGACUGUGGUCUUGGACGCGCCAAGUUAUAACUCGUCAACUCAGACUGUUAUUGGGCACUUGGCGGGUAUUGCAGGCGGUAAUGAAACCAUCAUUGUGUAUACUCAUAGUGAUGGGCCUUCAAUCAUCGAAGAAAAUGGUCCCAUUCUACUCCUUACGAUGGCGGAAUACUUUGCGCGCCAUCGGCCAAGAAUCAAUAUUGAUUUCGUUAUUACGACAGGGCACAUGUCCGGUGGUCAUCUGAGUGAAACACUCUGGAUGAAAGAGCGUCCGGAGCUAUUGACAAAUGCUGUAGCAGCAGUUGUUUGUGAACAUUUUGGAGCGACUGAAUGGAAGGACGAUUUUAGCAACGGAGCUCCGGAAUACAAAGCGACAGGAAAGAUUGAGCCUAUGUGGACUAUGGCUACAUUACUUCGGCAUUCAUACAUGCACUCGCUGGAGGGCAUUGACCAAGAUAUCCGAAUGGCCCUUCUCUAUCCCCGGACAGUUGAUGGUGUUAGGUCCAGAUGGUACGGAGCAGGCGGUAGUAGCACAAUGGGCCGUUCCAAACUCCCAACACUCGGAAUUAUACCUCAGCCAGACUAUUUAUGGGCGGCAAUGGUGGAUGGUGGGUGGAGCAAGCUAUCGAUACCCAUUGCGGUAGAGCAGAUAAACACUAUCUUGAGGCUUAUCACUCGGUUGGAUAGUGAUUUUGCCAGUUAGACAUCGUAUACCUAUUAGACCUAUCCUUUAUAUCAGUCACAUACAUAUCUCGGUAGUCGGUACCGGCUCCGACAUCCGAUGUUUGUCAGCAGCCUGGCUGAGAAAACCUUGACCACUGUCCAUGUCGACGUCGAGGCAGUCAUGCUCCUUAUCCUUCACUA